CCAGCAAUCAGCUGUCACCGCGCCGUGUGUGUACGUUCCCAGUCCCGUUCCGGGCCGUUCUACGAAAUUCAUCAGGUAGCCGAGGUCGGGCCGACGGCGUGUCGACAGUACGGAGUCGCAAGACCAACGCACCCGCAGCGGCGGUCCGGUGGACGACAGCGGACGGGUGUGCGGCGCCAGCGGUUGCCAGUGCGAACUGUCCGAGGCCGGCGGUCGCCCGCGGAGGUGAUGUUGUUGCGUAAGAAUCUGUUCGUUCUGCUGAUACUGCUAGCGCACGACGGUGGCAGCGUCGAGGGCAGCACGCACUGGCUGCUCAACACCGACGGUCUAAUUAUACCGCAGCUCUCGUCGCCGUUCUACCUGCGCCGAUCGUAUGAUCUGAUCGCAUUUCUGAACCAGCAUGUGUACAAGCAGAAAAUAGAUCUCAUCAUCGGGGAGCUGCUGGCGAUCAAGUCGAAUCUGACGGCGAAAAUGAACAAUCUCGACCAGUACACGAACGAGCUGACGAGCAAGAUCGGCUGCAUACCAGACUACUACCUCGACGAGUCGGACAUCCUCAGCACGAUCGUGAACCCCAGCUACGUCAGCCGGAUAGGCAAGCUGACCGAGAAAGAGGGACCGGCGAGCUUUGCCGUACCAAGCACGGCGCGCCAUAAAUCGGGGGACUCGGCGUCACCCGGAGAGCCGCCCCGGUUGCACCGGCCGUCCGCCUCGCUGCAGGUCCCCAAGUGUACCGAGUUCAUGCCGCUCGACGUGAGCGUGGCAGCGUUCGACCACCUGGAGGGUGUGCACAACCGGUCCCGGCUGCGGAUGGCCCCGGAGGAGGUGCUGAUGAGUCUGGAGUACAACAUCCCGAAGCUGCUGACGGACGGGCUGCGGUGGAAUCCGGGCUCGUGGAAGAUGCACACGAUCGCGUCCUACUACUGGCGGCUCAAGGGGAACGCCCCGGAAGCGAUGGAGUGUGCCCGGCGCGCCGUUACGCUAGCACCGCGUCCCUUCAAGGACAUUGCGCUGCUUAGCCUUGGCACGAUACUGCAGCGAUCGCAACACCUGAACGACUCGUUGCUGGUGCUGCUGGCCGCCGUUGAGCAUGACGCGACCGAACCGGAAAAUCAGCUCGCACUCGGCAACACGUAUAUGCUGCUGUCCGAGUUUAACCGCAGCUUCGAGGCGUACCGCGUCACCGAGAGCCUCAGCCGGCUGUACUCGAAGCAGAUCAACUACAUCAAGAAGUCGGUCAACUGCUUCAAGGAUCUGAAAAUUAAUCUGCUCAAGAUGGAAAGUCUCCUGCAGGAUAUUAUCCCGGGACUGGAACUAUACGGGGCGCUACAAAAGGAAUUCGACGAGUACCACGAAAAGCUGGACCGUGAACAGGCUCCCCUGAAGACGCGCGUGUUCGACGAGAGCUACAGCCACCAGGUAGACUUUUUAAUACAGCGGAGCCAAAUCUGCACCACGCGGUUGGCAAAGGAUAAGGGCGAACCGGUUGUGUCCUGCGAUUUCAUCUCGGAUGUGCAAAUGUUAAUGGAAGACUUUGCCGUCGAGAUACUGAAUAAUUACGUUGACCUGAAACGAGAGCUCAUCAACACCUACAAAAUCAACUCUCUCGGUAUCUAUAAGAAAGUUUUCGUCGAGCAUUUUUAGCAACAGUUUUUUUUAUUUUACUGGUAUGGCUUUUGCCAACGGGUGACGUCCGUCUAAAAUUUCCAUUAUGUACUAUGUUUUUGUGAAACGUAUAUGGUUCGAUUUUCUUACGCGUUCCUUUUGGUACGGCAAUGUUUGGGAAAAAAUAAACCGAUGUGCGUGCAUCGUAUGAGUUUAAUGAAAUCGAAUGCUAGAUUAAUUUCUUUCAAUUUUUCCUUGGCAUUAUUUAAUCACGUGAGCGGCCCUGAGAAAUGCUUGAUUUUCCACAUGGCUAAGACUGCUCGGAUUGGUAGUUUAGUAGGGGGCGCUUAGAGGCUAGUUUUUUUAUUUACCUUUUUGAUACGUUAAUUGCCUGCGCUUAUGAGGAAGUGAACUUUGUUGGUCAAACCUGUUUCCUGUAUUUGUGUGAGUGCUACGGUAAUCUAAUUAGCCGCGCUACGUACAUAGAUUUUGCAUUGUGUUGUUCAAUUUUCCUGGGCUGAUCAUUGAAAGGUUUCCCAUCUGUCCUCGUGUUACGUGUGUGUUGCGCGAGUUAGUAAAGGUAGGCUGCGAUCGCCGUAAGUUACUGGGCUUCCCUCGCUAGCAGUGUCGGUUACUGCUUCCCGUCGGUCGUCGUCCUGAUAGUCCCUACUCUCAACUGUCUCUGAACGCUGAACCUAGGUCUCCACUCUGGCAAAUAGAAUUUGAGCUUACUAAUGUUGGGUUUGUUGACAGCGUUACUUGUAUGGUUACUUCUGCACUAUGUGCACCGGGCUCUGUUUGCUAUGAACACCAAUGGAACGUGGGAGUUGAAGCAAAAUGUUUCUCAUCAUACGGUGCACCCUUCUUUGAGCUAAAUUAUUGUCGAAAUCAAACAAACAAUCCCAAGCACUAUGCUGCUGAGAACAAACAUUACUAUUACCGUCGAAACAAAUGCAAACUUUGUGCAAAUGAAUGUGUUGUGAUAAUUUUUAUCUUGAUAAUAAAAUGUUCGC